AAAAUAUAUUCAAAAUUUCCUAAUUAAACUAUCAGGGCACUUAAUGCGCCCAAUUUGAAGAAGCAACUCAGAUCGACCGACCCCGUGAUCGAAGCCAAUCUCUGGCUCAAGCCAAAUCAUCAUCAGCUCCAGAAACAAAAAAAGCAAGAAGAAUCAUGAUCUGAUUCUCCACUCUCGUCUCAAAGCAGAGAAGUAAUAAUUACAGGUUUGUUCUGAUUUGGAUCUCAUUAUGAUCGUCUCUACGCUUCUGUUAUUGCUCCCUUGGCUGAUUGUUAACAAUUGGGGUUUUCUUGAUGCGGUGGAUUUUGUAGAUUUGAGUUCUCUUGGAUCGAAUUGGUUUUGGGUUUGUAGUUAGGAAUGGCGUGGUUUAGCGGGAAGGUCUCCUUGGGGAACUUCCCGGAUCUGGCAGGGGCGGUGAAUAAGUUCAGCGAGAGUGUCAAGAAUAUCGAGAAGAAUUUUGACACCGCUCUUGGGUUUGAGGAGAAGUCAGACAAGUCAGAAUCCACCAGCGGAGCUUCAGGAUUAUGGCCUGUCAUGUCCUUUAUGGGGCACAAGAGUGAAGAGGAUACUGUUGAGGAAAAAUGUGAGGUGCUAACUGUUGAGGAAAAGGAAGGUAUUGAAACUGAUGCUUCACAAAAUUUUGCAACUGAACAAACUGCCAUUCAAGAAGAAGAUGAGGCACCAAAGGCUGAAAAAAAUGAUGAGCAUACAGAAACUGCUGAACAAAUGGAUCAUGUGAUUUUAGAUGUUAGCAAAGCUGGACAUGAAUCUCAAUCGGCGCAAAUUGAACUUCCUGAAACCAUCCCACAAAAUGUUGAGACAUCGAAUUCAGACAAUGAAAUGCAACAAGAAGAGUCCUUUGAAGUAAAACCCUAUGAAAGUUCAAAGUCAAUAGAAGUCAAGUCAAAGGCUGUUGAGGUAGAUCAAGUUGAUGGUGAUAACACUGGGCCUGAUGAGUCACAUGAUACUGUUAAUAUAAAUGAAGGCACUGAUGAACAUAAGACACAAGGAAAAGAAAUUGAGGAGCAAAGUUCUCCAGUUGAAGCUGAGGUAACAAGUGAUGAGCAAGUGGAAUAUGGUACCGAGGUGGCUUAUCAGAUUCCUGCCAGUGCUGAUAAGAUUGAGAGUGCUCAUGAGCUUUCCUUUUCCACUAUGGUUCCUUCAAAUGAUGCUUUAGAGACGGUUUCUGAAUUGAUAUCUCAUGAGGAGGCUGCAAAUAGUAGAGCACUUGAAGUCCAUCAGGAUGCCAUUGAUAGUGAGACUGGAAUCAAAGAUCAAGAGCAGUGUUUGAGUUCAGCAACAAAUGCAUCGGACUCUACGAAUUCACUGAUAGAAUUGGAGAAGGUGAAGAUUGAGAUGAAGAUGAUGGAAUCCGCAUUGCAAGGUGCUGCAAGGCAAGCUCAGGCAAAAGCUGAUGAGAUUGCAAAGUUGAUGAAUGAAAACGAGCAAUUAAAAGCUGUGAUUGAGGAUUUGAAGAGGAAAUCGAAUGAAGCCGAAAUUGAGUCUUUGAGAGAGGAAUACCAUCAAAGAGUUGCAACUAUUGAAAGAAAGGUUUAUGCUCUUACUAGGGAAAGGGAUACACUUAGAAGAGAACAUAAUAGAAAAAGCGAUGCAGCUGCCCUUUUGAAGGAAAAAGAUGAAAUAAUUACUCAAGUAAUGGCUGAAGGGGAAGAACUCUCUAAGAAGCAGGCUGCUCAAGAAGCAACGAUGAGGAAAUUAAGGGCUCAGAUUAGAGAGCUUGAAGAGGAGAAAAAAGGUUUCAUCACCAAGCUUCAGGUGGAAGAGAAUAAAGUAGAAAGUAUCAAGAAAGACAAGACAGCCACAGAAAAGUUGCUACAAGAAACAAUAGAAAAACACCAAGCAGAACUUGCAGUGCAGAAAGAUUACUAUACAAAUGCUUUGGCUGCAGCAAAGGAAGCUGAAGCAUUAGCAGAAGCACGUGUCAACAAUGAAGCCAGAAGUGAACUGGAGAGUCGUCUUAGGGAGGCUGAGGAGCGAGAAGCAAUGCUUGUACAGGCACUUGAAGAAUUAAGGCAAACUUUAAGCAGAAAGGAACAGCAGGCAGUUUUUAGAGAAGACAUGCUUCACCAGGAUAUCGAAGAUCUCCAGAAACGUUAUCAAGCAAGUGAGCGUCGUUGUGAGGAGUUAAUUACACAAGUUCCUGAAUCUACAAGGCCUCUUUUGAGGCAGAUUGAGGCUAUGCAGGAAACAACUACCAGAAGAGCAGAAGCAUGGGCUGCUGUAGAGAGAAGUCUUAACUCGAGACUUCAGGAAGCAGAAGCAAAGGCUGCAUCUUCCGAAGAAAGGGAACGAUCUAUAAAUGAACGCUUAUCUCAGACCUUAUCUCGUAUUAAUGUGCUUGAAGCUCAGAUAUCAUGUCUUAGAGCAGAGCAAACACAGCUAAGUAGGUCUCUUGAAAAGGAGAGACAGAGAGCUGCAGAAAAUAGGCAGGAGUACCUUGCAGCAAAGGAGGAAGCUGAUACUCAAGAGGGUCGUGCAAACCAGCUUGAAGAAGAAAUUAAGGAGCUCAGGCGGAAGCACAAGCAAGAGUUACAAGAUGCGUUAAUGCACAGGGAACUGUUGCAACAGGAAGUAGAAAGAGAGAAAGCUGCUCGGUUGGAUUUGCAAAGGACAGCUCGGGUCCAGUCAGCAACUGUGUCCGAACAAACUCCCAUAACGAGGCACAAUUCUGUGGUUGAAAAUGGACGCUUAUCCCGCAAACUCUCUAGUGCUAGCAGCCUCAGUAGCAUGGAGGAGAGCUAUUUUCUUCAAGCAUCUUUGGACUCAUCUGAUAGCAUCUCUGAAAGAAGGAAUGCUGGAGAGACAACCAUGAGCCCAUACUACAUAAAAAGCAUGACACCUAGUACUUUUGAAGCUACCCUUCGCCAGAAAGAAGGCGAACUUGCAUCGUACAUGUCCCGCUUGGCAUCAUUGGAAUCUAUUCGUGACUCUCUUGCUGAGGAGUUGGUCAAAAUGACUGCACAGUGUGAAAAGUUGCAAGCAGAGGCUACCAUGUUGCCUGGCGUUCGGGCAGAGCUAGAAUCACUGAGGAGGAGGCACUCUGCUGCAUUGGAGCUAAUGGGUGAACGUGAUGAGGAGUUGGAGGAACUCCGUGCUGAUAUUGUGGACUUGAAGGAGAUGUACAGAGAGCAAGUAAACAUGCUUGUAAAUCAGAUCCAAAUGGGUUCAUCAAUGGGUAACCCUUGAUAUCUCAAGUUCAAGGGUUCCUUAACUCCAUACGGUAUAGUUUAUAGCUCCUUAAAAGAAAUUCAAUUGUCUUGUUGGAGAAUGUUCUCUCUAUAAUCAUCAUUUGGAUUUUGUUGAGUGAAAGAUUUUAAGCUGGAGAAGUCUAGAGAGCAAGCUCGUGGCCCUCGUAAAAUUUUCUGUAUAUCGUAAUUUAGCAGAAUCUGUUGUAUAACACAAGUUCAGUGUUACAAUUUUGUUAUCCUUGCUUAAACAUGAUGCUAAUUCUUUUCUUU